AUGAUGGGCUUUGCCAAAAGAACGAAAGUGUCACGUCUGAAUGAAUCUCAGAUACAAUAUCUCACUGAGAAGUUCGAUGAGGAUGUACAACAGAGAAUUCGAUGGAAACUAGAGGAAGUAUCAGGUGAAAUGCAACGAAAGAACGAUUUGAAGGAUAGAUUCUAUUUCACACCGGCCGAGUUUUUAAAACCUGGUCUGAUCAGAUCGUUUUUUUCACGUUUGAAGGCGAUACGUGAAAAGCAAACAGAAACAGUAGUUGUAGACGAAGAUGACGAUGAAUUUGAUGAUAAUCAGGUAGUUGAAGACACUGAGCAAAGAAAUAAUUUAAGAAAUUCAAUGUGA